UACCUCUCUGCCACUCAACCCACUUCUCUCCUUGCGAAUCCAGGUGUCAUCGGGCUGUUGGCCUUGUACCUGAUGUUCGGCUAUGGAGCCUCUCUCCUCUGCAACCUGAUAGGAUUCGGCUACCCAGCCUACGUCUCAAUUAAAGCCAUAGAGAGUCCCAACAAAGAAGAUGAUACCCAGUGGCUGACCUACUGGGUAGUGUACGGUGUGUUCAGCAUUGCAGAAUUCUUCUCUGACCUCUUCCUGUCCUGGUUCCCCUUCUACUACAUGCUAAAGUGCGGCUUCCUGUUGUGGUGCAUGGCCCCGAGCCCUUCCAACGGGGCGGAACUGCUCUACAAGCGCAUCAUCCGUCCUAUCUUCCUAAAGCACGAGUCCCAGGUAGACAAUGUGGUGAGCGACUUGAAGGACAAAGCCAAAGAGACUGCAGAUGCCAUCGCUAAAGAAGCCAAGAAAGCUGCCGUGAAUUUACUGGGUGAUGAAAAGAAGAGCACCUAAACCACCCACAGGAUGAAACCCUCCUGCCCUCCGCACCUUCCUAUUGGAGCUUGAUGUUGUGUUGGGGACUGUGGUAUAAUCAUUUUAAUGUUGCCUUGGAAACAUUUUUGAUAUGUUAAAAAAUGGAAUGUGUGUAAAUAUUUUUUUGCUUUUACUGUCUAAAUACAUAGGGAGCAUUUUAAUUUAAAUGUAAUGCAAUGGGCAGUAUCUAAAACUUUGGAAACUAUAUUUUGCCUCUGGAUAGGGAAUGUGUUACCAUCCUGCAGGAAACAUAAACUUAAAAUUAUAUAUCCCACGGGCUUUGUACUUCAAUGGGCUCUCUCUGCAUGCAUUUUCUCUGUACUCCUUAAGGUUCUACUUCAUGUAAUGUACAAUUUUGUAUUAAAUGUUUUGAAUGUAGUUGUGCAUAUGUAUAUGUAGGGAAAUGUGCUGACUGUAACAUGCGUGAUGCUCAUGAGCACCUGCCAAAAGCUGGAGGUUCUGUUGUGCUGGUGAGAUCUGCUGAAGGGAUUUAAGCGAUAAAUGAGGUUGAAUGCAGGUUGGCCUGUUGUUUUCCUAAUGCAGCAGCAGAAUACUGGAACAGCUUUGUAAAGCAGUCACUGUGCUGCUCAAUGGGGAAAUAAAUGUACACACAUCA